AAGCUUCCAUUCUCUCUCUUUCCCCGGCGAGGUUCGGAAUUGAAACAUGGCUCCCAAGAGCUCCCGUCGAACGGGUUCGCAUAAGACGCACUCCUUGGCCCGCCAGUGGAAAACGAAGCGGCGGCGACGAGAUCUGGAUGAGAUCCACCACGACAUGUUGCCUGAGAACGCGACGAAGCUGCUGCGUCAAGAGCUGGAUCCCGACCUGCCUGGCAAUGCCCAGCACUACUGCCUGCAUUGCGCGCGAUAUUUCAUUGACUUAAAAAGUAUGAAGGAUCAUUUCAGAUCAAAAGUUCACAAAAAGAGACUGAAGCAGCUGAGUGAGGAGCCGUACACCCAGGAGGAAGCUGAGAGGGCUGCAGGAAUGGGAUCUUACAUUCCACCCAAGAAAAUUGAAGUCCACACACAAGCUCUCGAUGAGAUGGAUGAAUCCAGCUAAGGCACAAGGAUAUUUUUUUCCCCCAUCUGAAAAAAUCUGGAGAUAACUAAGAUAUGGAAACAUCGGUAUAACUAGAUGGUUAUAUCUUUAAAGUUGUGCUAUUUAUUGUAGUACGUUUGCGGUAUUUAUACUGAAAUGUAUAGGCAGAUGAGAAAGAUCAACCCACUUGGAUGGAAAAAAGACAUUUUACCCCCUUCUUGUUUGGUAUGAAUUAAGAGUUCAGCAGAGGCAGGAACCAUGCUGCUCAAGUGGGCUUGUUUUUGAUUCCCUUGCGAUGGUUUUAAAUGUUACGGUAGACUUUCAGCUUUUCGUUCUUAAUGUUCCACUCUUCCAUUGGGCCCACUUAAUAAACGAGCUGAUAAUCUG